UUUUUUGGGGGGGGGGGGGGUUCUCUCCACCUACAGCAGUCCUAAAAUAAGGCGAUACUUUCUUGUAUCCAAUUAGUUCCUUGAUUAGGGGUGACCUAACUGAGAUGGAUACAUACAUUCUGCUACCUCAUCUGACUUAAUUAAAGUACGCUCAGUGUUACGCGGCGUGCGUAAUUUCCAGCUACGACGCCAAAGAGAAAGAAAGAAAGAAAGAAAGAAAGAAAGAAAGAAAGAAAGAAAGAAAGAAAGAAAGAAAGAAAGAAAGAAAGAGAAAUCGCCUCUGCGCAUCCACCGGAGCUGUUUUCUACGCUUGUCUAUGGGAAUUAGGCGUCUUUCCCCACCACAUAUUGUUUUUCUCCCCCCGCAUUUGUGGUGGGAGCUGGUAACGUGGGUUAACUCCAGCUCAAGUCUCCGUAAAAGCGCAGAGAACUGAUGACGUUGGGCUGGAUGACCAAUCGGGAGGCGCUGCCCUUUGGAGACAAACCAUUUUACUUGUAGUGUCUGCAUCAAGUCUGCAAGCGAGGGCUCAAUUUUAACAGAAUCCACCUUAAAAUCUCUCCCUUAACUUAUGUCUACCUUCCGCCACUUUGAGUGAGAAUACCGCGGGACAAGAGAGGAGGGCGGAUGAUGGGGGGGGUGAUAAAGACGGCAUCGGGAAAUUUGGGGUGUUAAUAGGAGAAAGGGGGGAGGAAGAGACAACAGCACAGCGAGAGAGCGAAAAAGCGAUUUGGUCUUGAGAGAGGAGGGGGUGGGGGUGGGGGGUGAGUGCUCUCAAGGCAGAAAAUUCGAUGAUGACCAUGACAACGAUGGCUGACGGUCUGGAGGCUCAGGACUCGUCCAAGUCCGCGUUCAUGGAGUUUGGGCAGCAGUCGCACUCGCAGCAGAGCUCCCCGUCGAUGGCCGGCGGCCACUACCCGCUGCACUGCCUCCACUCCGGAUCGCACUCUCACCACCAGCACGACAGCACCGCGUACCCCGGGACCAACACCUACAACCGGUCGCUACCUUACCCAUACGUGAGCCAUCCGCACCACAGCCCGUACCUGCCGUCCUAUCACAACAACGCGGGAGGACAGACGCGGUUAGACGGCGCAGGUAAGAGACCCCCCCCCCUCCUCCUUCCCCCCUCCAGCCUUGUCCAUCUAAUUGCAAUUAGCGGCGUACCUGUUUAAGCUUUAGCAACCCGGAUCGAACCUUUUUUUUGUUUUGUUUUGUUUUACCUCCGACGAUCCAACUCCUGGAGCUAUCUUUUUUUCAUUCUUCUUCUUCUUCUUUCCCUAAGCCGUGCGUAAAAACGCACCGGAUAAAUCCAAAGGAGCAGCCUUGUUCGCCCGCUUCUUUGUUGCUUAUUUGUGUUUUUUUUUCAGCACUCCCCUCCACAAAACCUCUGAUUUAAUGCCCUGGGUGUGAUCAUCUCGACCACGCAAUCCUCACCAACUACUCGUGAAAAUUAGGCAGCCUGCACGCCUCGAAUGUUGUAAUUAGCAUUUAAUUGACAUGUCAUUACCAGCAAUAUCCUAAAUAUGACAGCACAUGAGGAUUGUUGGCUGCAGCGGAAAGCCAGAGAAAGAGAGAGAGAGAAAG